AUGGACGCUAAAUACGAGCCGUUACAGGGCUCUCGGCUUCAAAAUCAUCGAUUUAGCAACAUUAAGAAAUUAACGGCGUUGCUAAGCGCAGGUUUAGCCUUCUCUUCUUUAAUUUGGUACGCUGGGUCCUCGAGGAACGUGACCUCGGCAGAUUCCGUGAGAUGUGGGAGCAUCGAGCCGGUGAGCCCAGAUUUCGACAAGUCGAUCGAACUGAUCUUCAGAGACCCAGAUUUCCGCCAAAAGUCUCUCGAAAGAUUCAGCGGUGCGAUUAGAGUUCCUACAGAAAUCCAAGACACCAACCCACAACCAGGGGAUGACUUGGACUACUACAAAACGUUUUUCAAAUUUCACGAUUACCUAGAGGACACUUUCCCACUGGUUCACCAGCAUUUGAAGCGCGAAAAGGUCAAUUCAGUUGCACUGUUGUACACCUGGAACGGUUCAGACCCGUCCCUGGAACCCUUGCUGCUGACUGCUCACCAAGAUGUCGUACCCGUGAACCCAACAACGGUUGAUGACUGGACAUAUCCACCUUUUUCGGGCCAUUAUGACAACGAAACCGAUUUUGUGUGGGGUCGUGGGUCUGUAGACUGCAAGAAUCUGUUGAUCGGAGAAUUAGAGGCCGUUGAACAGCUUUUGAAGGAUGAUUUCAAGCCACAGAGAAGCGUUAUUCUUGCCUUUGGGUUUGACGAAGAGUCGUCCGGAUUGCUCGGUGCACACGACCUCGGUGAGUUUUUGUACGAAAGGUAUGGUGACAACGGAAUUUACGCUAUUGUGGACGAAGGCGGUGGAAUUGUUCCUAUCGAUAAAAACGUUUAUGUCGCGGCUCCAAUUACUGCUGAAAAGGGCUACGUAGACGUCGAAAUUAUCGUGCACGGUACUGGCGGUCACUCUUCUGUGCCACCGGAUCACACUACCAUUGGAGUUGCAGCAAGCUUGAUUACUUUGCUGGAGUCCAAUCCGUUCGAUCCGACUUUUACCGCAGAAAAUCCAUUCUACGGUUUCUUGACGUGUGCUGCCGAACAUAAUUCGCAACUUCCAAAAGACUGGAAAAAGGCCAUCUUGGAUGCACCUUUUGACACCAAGCAAAGACACAAAUUGAUCAGUCUUGUCAGUGCUGAGAGGCCGCUGCGUGAUUUGCUAAGAACCUCCCAGGCCGUUGACAUCGUCAAAGGUGGUAUCAAGGCAAACGCCUUGCCAGAAGUAACCUCCUUUCUAGUCAACCACCGUAUCGAUAUCAACUCCUCAGUCAAGGAGACUCUAGAAAGGGACCUGGGUUUCGUUAAGAAAAUAGCUGAGGAGUUUAACUAUGGUGUAGUCUUCGAGGGUCAGGAAGUAAUUCCUUCCACUAAUCUUGGUUAUAUCGAGGUUCUUUCCCAAAAGACUCUAGAGCCAGCACCCCGCAGUCCGGUGUCAGGCUCAAAGGUGUGGGACCUUUUUGCUGGUACUAUCCAAAAUGUUUUCAAAAAUGGUCAUUUCAAGGACGAGCCUGACACUGAAUUUUAUGUUACGGAGUCCCUGAUAUCCGGAAACACAGACACCAGGUACUACUGGCGUUUGACUGAAAAUAUUUACCGAUUCCAGGCUGUCAUCGUUGAUGAAAACUUGAUGCGCACAAUACACUCAGUGAACGAACACAUUUCUCUGUCGUCACAUUUGUCAACCGUUGCCUUCAUCUAUGAGUAUAUCAUAAACGUUAAUGAGAAAGCGUAA